AUGAAUCGCUAUAUGAUGAGGCAUCGUCCCAUGUACAGUAACAUGUACAGAACAGGAAAAAAAUACAGAGGUAUGAUGGAGCCAAUGUCCAGAAUGACCAUGGACUUCCAAGGAAGAUACAUGGACUCUCAGGGCAGAAUGGUCGACCCCAGACACUACGACUACUACGGAAGAUGGAACGACUAUGAUCGUUACUACGGACGGUCCAUGUUUAACUACGGACCCCACAUGGACGGUCAACGCCACGGCGGCUGGAUGGACUUCCCCGAGAGAUGGAUGGACAUGUCUAACUAUCAGAUGGACAUGCAGGGUCGCUGGAUGGACAUGCAGGGACGCUACUGUCACCCGUUCAACCAGUGGGGGUACAAUAGACACGGCAACUAUCCUGGCUACUCCUACGGUCGUAAUAUGUUCUACCCAGAGAGAUGGAUGGACAUGUCCAACUGGCAGAUGGACACACACGGGCGCUGGAUGGACAUGCAGGGACGCUACGGCAGCCCGUUCAGCCAGUGGGGGUACAACCGUCAUGGCUACUAUCCUGGCUACUCCUACGGUCGUAAUAUGUUCUAUCCGGAGAGAUCGAUGGACAUGUCCAACUAUCAGAUGGACAUGCAGGGACGCUGGAUGGACAUGCAAGGACGCCACGUGAACCCGUUCUCUCAUUCCAUGUACGGCAGAAAUUGGUCUUCUCCUUACUACAAUUAUUAUUCCAGCCGUCACAUGGACUAUCCCGAAAGAUUCAUGGAUAUGUCCAACUGGCAAAUGGAUACACAGGGACGAUGGAUGGAUAUGCAGGGACGUCAUAUGGAUCCUUCUUGGUCAAAUAUGCAAGACAACUACAAUAAUUGGUUUUAA